GGUACAACAAUCACGCCACUCUCAUCUGCUCCACUCUUCUACAGGUAAACACAGCAGAUUCACGUCAACCUUGGUCGUCGGAAAUUGGAGAAGAUGGAGCUCGUCGAAACAGCAGCCAACCUCCGUUCUCACUUCCUUCAAGUUCUUCGUAGUCGCCGUUCUCCUGAAGUUCCACUUCAGACACUACCUUCAAAGCCAGUGGUGGAACCCUUAUAUCAGGGAAUACCACCAUCACAAUCUAGUGAGGCAAUGGAAUUAUGCCCAAAAGCACACAUUCAUAACUUCAAGGAACUGUUCAAUGAAGAAAACUUUUACUUAACCACUGAGGAAGGAGAACAGGGGCGAUUACCUGUGCUCAUUUUGAGCAAGAAAGAAACCACACAUUCUAAAAGACCAGCUGUUGUUUUUCUACACAGCUCAUAUACAUGCAAAGAGUGGUUACGCCCUUUACUUGAGGAUUAUGCUUCACGUGGAUAUAUUGCAGUUGCCAUUGAUUCUCGUUACCAUGGAGAACGUGCCAAAAACCAUACCACUUAUGAACAUGCUCUUGUUUCAUCAUGGAAAAGAGGUGAUACAAUGCCAUUUAUAUAUGACACGGUGUGGGACCUUUUAAAGUUGGCAGAUUAUCUAACUGAAAGAGAUGAUAUAGACCAUUCCAGGAUAGGAAUCACUGGGAUAUCAUUUGGAGGAAUGCAUGCAUGGUUUGCUGCUUUUGUUGAUACACGUUAUUCAGUGGUUGUCCCCAUAAUUGGUGUUCAGGGAUUUCGGUGGGCCAUAGAUAAUGAUCAAUGGCAUGCUCGAGUUUACAGUAUUAAGUCUGUGUUUGAAGAAGCAAGGAUUGAUUUAGGGAAAAGUGAUAUUGACAAAGAGGUUGUGGAGAGGGUUUGGAACAGAAUUGCUCCUGGUUUAGGAUCUGAGUUUGACUCGCUUCCUACAGUCCCACUCAUUGCGCCACGCCCUUUGUUGAUUAUAAAUGGUGCUGUGAAUGCUGGAGCAGCCUAG